GUUUCCCAAGUGAAAAAAACAUGUCCUAAUCCCAAUCUGCUCUCCCAUUGUCUUUCUUUCAAUGGCUCCAAAUCCGACCAGACUGAAGAUCCCCUUGUCAGCAAUAACCACAGUUGUCUUCACAUUCGCCGUCGUCGUCGUCAUCCUCUUCGGCGAAAGCAUAAGUUCCGUCACCUCGGGCGCCAUUUUCGGGCUCAAGAAGUCCUGCGCCAGAAGGAUUUCAAUUUCAGGCGUAGUCGACGAAGCUGAUCGGGUUGGAUUUGAUCCCGAUGAGUGCAGCCUAGUGCACGGAAAAUGGGUGUUCGAUCGUUCUAUCAAGCCAUUGUAUUCGGACAGGACAUGUCCGUAUCUGGACAGGCAAGUGUCGUGUGUCAAGAAUGGGAGGCCGGACUCCGAUUACAGGCACUGGCAAUGGCAGCCCGACGAAUGCGCCUUGCCGGAAUUUGAUGCUCCGGCAGUGCUGCAGAAGCUUAGAGGUAAGAGGCUGAUGUUCGUCGGGGACUCGUUGCAGAGAGAGCAAUGGCAAUCCUUCGUUUGUCUUGUCGAACAUGUAAUACCCGAAAAACAAAAGUCGAUGCAACGUGGCCGAAUGCAUAGUGUCUUCAAAGCCAAGAAGUUUGACGCCACGAUCGAAUUCUAUUGGGCUCCGUUCUUGAUCGAGUCGAAUUCGGAUGAAAAGAUAGUGAUGGAUCCAACCAAGAGAAUAAUGAGAGUUGAUUCAAUUGAAAACCAUGCCAAGAAUUGGAAAGGAGUAGACAUUUUUGUGUUCAACACCUACGUUUGGUGGAUGAGUGGCCUCAAGACCAAGUCUUUAUGGGGUUCUUUCGCCAAUGGCGAGCAAGGGUACGAGGAAUUGGAGACACGUGUUGCCUACAGGAUAGGACUCAAGACAUGGGCCAAUUGGGUCGAUUCUAACGUCGAUCCCGACAGGACUCGAGUGUUCUUCACCACACUGUCCCCAAUCCACCACAGGAGUGCAGAUUGGGGGAAUGUGAAUGGGACGAAAUGCUAUAAGGAGACGAAGCCGGUGGAGAAGAGAGGGCAUUGGGGGAGCGGAUCGAACAAAGAGAUUAUGUCCGUUGUGGCCGAUGUUGUAAGGAAGAUGAAGGUCCCUGUAACGUUGAUAAACAUCACCCAAUUGUCGGAAUACAGAAUCGAUGCCCACACGUCGAUCUACACAGAGCUCGGAGGGAAGCUGCUGACGGAUGAACAGAAGGAGGAUCCAUUGCAUUAUGCCGAUUGUGUGCACUGGUGCUUGCCUGGAGUUCCCGACACUUGGAAUCGAAUAUUGUUCGCAUAUUUGAUGUUGUAGUGAAGGGAGAUUAUCAAUUUAU